AUGUCUAUCCUAGGCACUACGUCGAUUCCCUCCAAGGCUGACAGCAAAACCUACAAUCGACCAACCUACGCUUCUUUUGGAAAAGACGGCAUUACAGCGACUGCAAACGCAUAUGGAAAUUUACUUCAAAUGACUCAAUAUUUUGGGAACGAACCAUCUGGAUUCUACUCUGUUGAUCUGAAUGAUGUUCCGGAACCAUAUUUCGUUACACGUCGCAUGGAACAGCUGCAAAAACAUAUUGGCGAUCCUAAUAAAGGAAUGCGACUGGAAGGCUUUGACAUAUCAAAAGCAAUCGACAAAAUGCCAAGAAUGAGCUUCCUUAGCAAUCGUUGGCCAAAUUUUACUUCCAAAACAACACUAGAUCUCGAUGUUGAAGUCCAGUGCUUCAUUUCUCAAAAGGCUCUAUAUCAGUCAUAUACUUUUCCAUCUUGCAAUGGAUCUUUAACAAACAUCCCACGGAUGAUUAUAAAUUCCAAACUACUUAUUCGAAAUCUUGAUUUUUCGAAUAAUAAUAAAUGGAAUAAGCAAAAACCAUUGCACAAUUCCUAUUCGCAUUCAGCGCCUGCAGGAAAACAGUGCAUCAUCAGAAUGCAUAAACUUGGAUCAGAGCGAGACACCAAUAUGGAUAGGACACCACAGAGAGAUGAAAAGGCUCUUAUCUUAGCCAUUUGGCCGUUCAUGAACGACUCGGCUCUAGAUAUUGAACAAGAAGGUGAUACUGCCAAAUAUAUAAUAAAUGCUAAAAGUCAAGAGUUGGGGGACAAGAAUACAACCAUAACGAUAGCCUAUACGCUGCAUUUAGUUUCACUAUCUGAGGCCGAGCACAUACCGCCACCCAACCCCCCGAUGCAAAUUUUACAAAGGAUCAGAAAAAGUUCUGAAACUUUAUUUACAACUCCACUCUUUCUUAACGAUGAGCAUCUUGAUUUUGCAUUAAAAAGAAAUUUAGAACAUAUAAUAUCUGUCUGUAGCAUUCCUAUCGGAGGUAGUGCUGAAGACACCAUAAAGCCAACUGCAAUCACAUGUGGAGAUAUGAGCGGCCAUAGAAAAUCUCUCAUGGAAACUCCAUUCCAUAUCAUUAAAACCGCAGAGUUUUGCCGAAUAGCUAAAGACGAGAACACACGCAAAGAAAUUGGAGCUAAACCCGAAUUCAAACGGAUCAUAAAAAAAUGGGUCGAGAUACUUGAUAAGGAGAACAAGCACGGCGUGUACGCAUUCUCCCGCCCCAGGAAGGAAACUCCAAUACAUUCAUUCUAUUUCCCCGACCAUGCCAUGAUUUGGUGGGCUGCCAGAUCAGUGGAAUACCUCGGUCUUGGCCAAGAGCUCUGGGUUAAAAAAAGCGUACACAUCGCCCGCCACAAACCGCGUAGUAUGAGCUACUUCUCAGAUGAGAUUCGGGCAAACAUUACCAAAAGAUUUACCACAGAGAAUCCUGUCUUAAAAAAACGUAUGAUCGCGAUGUCGCGCAGUCCCAUUGAGACUAGAUUUUUAAUUCGAGAGAAAGAAGCGAUAAUCUUUCCCGCCAUAGAUCUCGGCUUGUUCAAUAAGUCUCUGACACCGUUGCAGUCUAAUGAUUCACAAAAAAUUGAUGUCUGGACGAAUACAGUGGAUUGCCAAGCACAUCACGAAUAUAAUCAAGAUAGUCAAUGGGAUCAUCCACUUCAAUUUGCGCUUGCGAUAAUCAUGUCAUCAACUGGUACCUGCAUUAACUCAAAAUCUACCACGGAGAUGCUUCUCUAUUCAAAGUCAAUCUUACUUAACAGCUCCUCUCCCAAUGGAAUUUUUCCAGGGCAGUUGGGCGAAGACAAGGAGCCUGCUAUCUUUAAGAAAGAUAUUAUGCGGGAUUCUUAUUGGCACGCUACAUUUGAAGUGCCAUACAUUUUAUGGAAAUAUGUGGAAGUUCUAUCAACUAAUGACUUCGUGACUAGUGGCUCUUCGGACAUUUCCGAUGCCGAUGUUUCUACACUGGCCACAGCCACACAACAAGCCGCCUAUGUGACUUCUGCGGAGCUUAACCAAGCGUUAGAGAAAAUGUUUGAGCGUCUGAAUGGUGCAUUUUCCGUGCCUGGGAUGUCUACUGUGAAUGGAAAGAUAGCUAUGAAGAAAAGCGUCGCCUUCAAGAACGUUGACCAUACUAAUAUUGUGGAGCUCCAAGACGAAUGGAUGUACAAUGAGCCGACGUUUUUUAAAUUUGAAUAUAAUUUUCCGAAGGACAAUGACCUGAAAAAAGUCGUCUGGGACGAACAUUUAAGCGGCGCUGGCAAAAUUAUAGCAAAUGUGGCUGCUCAUAUUAAACAAGAUACAGCGACCUCGGUUGAAGAAAAUCAAACUAUGGGCUAUAUUAUCAACGUACCAAGACACCGUUCUAUCAAAAAGUACGACACACUUCCCAUAGAUACCAAUACUGAUAUGUACAAGCACGUUGGCUCCAAACGAACUCCUGAAAAAGCGAAAAAGAGACUUUUGCAUUUUUGCAAAGCAGAUUCAACGACCGCCUUGAUCUGUUAUCUUGCCUCAUCUGAGAGGCCUGAAAUUUCGUCUUUUUUUGAUAGGCACGCAGCAUAUGAUAAAUUUUUCUUCGAAGAUAUCACACCCGGGACGAAUAAAUGGAUAACUGAAUUUCAUCUGUCUUUUUAUCGAAUUGUUGACUAUGGUAUUCAGCCUAAAGUUAGUGGUAUACCUCCAUUAGAGGAAAUCGAGUACCCCAAUCCCCACAUAGGUGACAAGAGGCAAAUCAGCAGAUCUGUCAUCAGUUUCAGAUUCGAUGGCGACUAUUUUGACCGCUACUGGACGUGCCAUUUUUUCGAAUUUAGCUCGAAACAACUGCCUCAGUCAGCUUGGGAGAAACGCAAAGUGAAUAAUCAAUUUAGCGAUAUCUCUAAAGUGAAAGCAAAUCCUUGGCGGCAGCGGCGAAUAUUGGAGCUCAUCUUAGUCAGCAAUAUGAUGCAAGAAAUACUGUGUUACUCACAAGGAAUCGUCGAAGAGAUCAAGAAAAGUAUACAGAAUAGCGCUCAAGGUAGCAACGUUAGUCAACAGGCACAGGCACCGGCACUUUUAGAUACGCUCGACCUUUUUACGAGAGUGAACAAUGAGAAGUUCGUUUCCACCAGCCGCUUAUGGUACAAAUUUCAGCAUAUCCUUCAAAUUGUGGAAAAUGAUAUCCAGGAGAAUUUAGUCAAGAUUGAACUUUGGAAUGAUCGAGAAAGAGCACGAGGACAGGACAAGCCUCGGUGGACUCAGAGCGAUGAACGCGACUACCGACCUAUCAUAUCUAAACUAAAGGCGAAUAAUGAUCAUAUAUACCACGAAUUAAAGAGAUGUCACGUCAACAUGACUUCUUUCAAUGCAUCUCUUUCAAGGAAUUUGGAUAAAAUGCGAGGCGACUUAGAGUUGCGUGGCGCAGAUGAUAUUCGUUUCAUGAGUAGUGCGCCUCCAAGGGAAACGCUAAUCAGCAUGAUCAUUACCGCUAUUGUUGCCUUGUUAGCUACUAUCAUUGCGUUGAUCAAUGCUAAAUUUUUGGAUGCUAAAAUCGUGGGUCCUAUUCUAUAUAAGUCACGAGAAAUAACCUAUUCAACAUUCGAAAUUCUAAAAAAAGAAAUCUCAUCUUGGGAGAAGGCGCGUGAAAACUACCGAACCAAGAAAAAUGUGUUAAAAAUGGAGAAGGAUAAACAAAAAGAGGGCGAGGAGAUAAAAGAAGUAAAGAGAGAGAUUAUUGACGAGCACCCUAGAAAUACUGCUGAGCGAAUAAGAGUUUUGUUAAGACGCGGAAAGAAGACCACUGAGACGAACCCCGUGCCGUAA